ACUCAGGGGUGGGAUCAGGUGCCAUGUUGAGGGAGCAUACACUGCCGACCGGUCACACCCGGCCGCCGUGUGUCAUGAUCGGGAAAUAAGGGUGAAAUCUAUGGACAAUUCAGUGUUUACAAGUAUGUGUUUUACUGGAUAUCAACCCCUCUGUGAAACAGGAGUUACGGAAAAUAAAAGUGUUAGUGACCUACCAUAUAAUGCUGACAUUACAUGUACAAGUACAGAAGAUAAGAUGUUGAAAUCGAGCUCUUGAAACAAACACUGAGACAGGGUGCAAAUGUGAACGAGAGAUCUAAAGAUGGGAUGUCUCCACUUGCGUUGGCAGCUUUCUGGGGAUAUGCAGAUGUGGUUGAAUGCCUGUUAAAUCAUGGAGCGGAUGUAAACAUCUGCAACAAAGGAACACAGUGGACUGCUUUGCACUGUGCUGCCUUUCAAGGUCAUGGGAAAGUCAUCAUGAAACUAAUGGAACAUAAUCCAAAUACGGAGCUGAAAGACAACCAGGGCAGAACUGCUGUUGAUUUUGCCUCGGCCAUGGAUGCUAUUUGGCCAUUCUUUGCAGCUGCUGGCUGCAAGAGAACACCAAAGUCUGAGUUAAUUAGAAUGGAUAUUGUCAAAAGGGUGACACAUGUGGAUCCAACACUCCCUAAGUCUGAGAUUGCUCACUUCUCCCGCCCGGGGUCAGCGUAUGUGAUAAAAUCCCAGCCCUUACAUGGGAACAAUCCCACAGACACCAAUAUGGCUGUGGCUUCUAUGAAUGGAGACGUUCUAGCGGGCCUCCCAGAGGAGCCAGAGGUUCCAAGUUCAAGGACACCACAAAUUAAUCUAGCAGUGUUCAACAACAUGUAAUUCUGUAUCUCAUUAUGCUGUGUACACAAUUUGUUAUUAAGAAUUCAGUUUUAAACAGCAAUAUGAAAAAGAGAAUCGUAUACAUCUACAUGUAAUUAAUAAUUAACAUUAAUGGCUGUGAAAGGUGGAAAAUGCUAUUGAAAUUUUUAUAUGUAGAAAGAUCUCUAUGUUUUAUUGUGUUUUAUAUCAUAUUAGAGUAGACUGUUGGAGAAGGCAGGUUGAUAAGGUUAAGGGCCUGUUGGUGUGUAAUUUGGUGGCAGAGUAUUUUUUAGCUUCUUUUGUAUUUAGGUAUACAUGUACACAGCAAAACUUUGAUAACUCUGUCAAAUGCAUAAACUCUGGAAUCUUGAACAGAGAUAUCUCAAAUACAUGUACUACAGAUAUGUCAAAAAUAUUUGAAAGUCAACAACACAUUUUCUUUUAGACCCUUGAAUAUCCCAACAACAAAAAUUAGGUCAAACUCCAACCAACUUUGAGAUAUUGAGAUCAAAUGUACUUGUCAAUAAACAAUAGAUAAAUGUAAUUUUUGUUUGCUAAGUUAGGUAGAACCAGUAACUCAUACUCAUUGCAAAAUUUAUGUCUUGAAAUGGAUAUGGUGAAUAUUGAUUGAAUUUGAAUUUAUGCAAUGAAGCAAUAAUAUAUGUAUUAUUAUAUGUAGUUGACUUACGUACACUAUUCUGCUUAGAGUAGGCUAGUGUUAAUGUACAAAUUUUAUUUAUGAUUUUUUGUUACCUGUAUGUUUAACUUGCUUGAUUAUUACAGCAGAAAUACAAUGUACAGAAUCAAAGAUUGAUAAAAAUGAAAAAUGUGAAUAAUUUGUAGUUCUACAUAUUUUUUUUUGUUUUAAAAACAGAGACAUAUUUGAUAUAUGUAUGUGUAUAUACUUACAAUUUUUACUUCGUCUGCUUUUGUAAAACAAGUUUAUAUGCACUUUGUAUAGCUAUUAUCUUGACAUAGUCUUUCCAUUUAGUUCUUAAAAAGAUAUAAUGUUAUACCAAUUUAUGAUUUUCACAGAAGCAACUUGUAGGGGGUGGGGACCAGAGCCAUGUUUUUAACUGUGUUCAGAAGAUAAAUUGAAAUAAAACAAAGUAUUUGUCCCUUAUAAAAUCAAAGUAUAGUAUAUUGUUCACCCUAGGUUUGUAUAUUUACAUUCAACAUGUUCAAUUUACAUCACUGUCUUGGAUGUGUUGGGGUUUGUAGUCAUUAUCAUUGAAAUGUGGCACUACAUGACUGUGUUUAUAUUCGUAUUAUCAUUUCUUUCAUAUAAAUGUAUAUGACUUCAAAAUGCAAUUUGUACAUUGCCUUUGUGGCAGUUUGUUAUUUAUUUGAAUUUAUUUGCUUUCAUAAAAAUAAAAUUUAA